GAUCUUUCCAACCUCUUGCACUCAGCUGCACUGUCGUCCCACAAGACAACCCACCAAACACCUUUUUCCCUCCCUGCUUGCCCCCAUACUCAGGUUAUUAUCCCCUCUAGUUCUCUCGCUUUGUAGCAUCCUGCUAUUGCUUCCUCCACAAACCUCUCAAUUCCACCAUAGGCAUCAGCCAAAGGUCAGAAGAAAUUCUGCUAUGCCCUCCGUAACCUUCCAUAUAUAAGGGUACAGGAGGCAUCGUUUUGUUCAUUCAUAUCUCCUGCUUUGCUUUCUUCCUCUCCCUCUAGAUCUCGCCUUCACGUCGGCGAGUAGGUGCUUCGAGACGGGGGAAAUGUCAGCCCAGUUUGCAUCCGAGCGUGUUUGCUAUGUCAACUGCAACUAUUGCAACAACAUCCUGGUGGUGAAUGUGCCAAACAAUUGUUCCUACAACAUUGUGACUGUUAAAUGUGGGCAUUGCACAAUGGUGCUCUCCAUGGACCUCAGUCCUUUUCACCAGGCACGCACUGUUCAAGACAACCAGGUCCAGAACAGAGGAUUUCAAUGUAAUAAUUUUGGGAGCUAUGAGCCAGCUUCUAGAAAUCUACGAACAACAUCCAUGUACCCGAUGUCAAACAAUCAGCAGCAAGUGUCACCAAUACGACCCCCAGAGAAGAAGCAACGUGUUCCAUCAGCUUACAACAGAUUCAUCAAGGAAGAAAUACAGAGGAUAAAGACGAGCAAUCCACAGAUUAGCCAUAGGGAGGCAUUCAGUGCUGCAGCAAAGAAUUGGGCUCAUCUUCCUCGUCUCCAUUUCGGCCUGAGCGUCACCGACGGCGGCGGUGGCGGCAGCAACUAGCUGAUUAUCGUAAAUGAGAAGACGACCAUGCGCGUGUACGUGUGACCGCCGCCUCGCACGUGCGUCGCCAUAUUCACGUACACGUGCAUCCUCAUCGAUCUCUUCACCUUAUAUAUAUGUUGCGCUAUAUAUGUAUCUUACUGGAUUUGCAAGUUUCAGUAUCUCUUGAUUGUGAUAACCUGUAUUAGACUUGUGCAUGCAUGUCCUGCAUGGACGAGUGACAUACGUACGCUUCACAAGGAUGCAUACUGCUAAAUAAACGAAAA